GUAACCUAAUGUCAUUAUAGUCGUGACACUACGACAGUUUUAUUUUUGUGUGUCAUAUUAAGCAUACGAAAAACUAGAAAAUUCACAAAACAAGUCCACUCGUGCAGCUAAAGUGUACAAUUAAUAAGCAUUCGAGUAACCGAAACAUUGAACACUAAUGGCAGGUCCUUUUAUAUCACCGCUGCCCGGCGAUCUGCUCACGGAGUAUAUGUUUGGCCGUAGGCGACAGCGCCGGAACCGGACGACCUUCACGCCACAGCAGCUGCAGGAGCUGGAGGCACUCUUCCAGAAGACCCACUAUCCCGACGUCUUCCUGCGCGAGGAGGUGGCCCUGAGGAUCAGCCUCAGCGAGGCACGCGUCCAGGUGUGGUUCCAGAAUCGCCGGGCCAAGUGGCGCAAGCAGGCACGACUGCAGCUCCUCCAGGACGCCUGGCGGAUGCGCUGCCUCAGCCUGGGCACGCCCCCCGUCAUGGGCGGUGGAGCGGUGCAGGGCGGAUCCGGCAACGGAGCUACGGCUCGACCGCCCAGCCAGACGCCGGAGAACCUCUCUUCCGCGAGCAAGGAUUCGGAACUGGCGGAGGUGGGCAAUGGACCCAAUUCGGGGAGCUUCACCAUGAUGCACCCGGCAUUCCAGCAGCAGCAUCAGCAACAACAGCACCAGGGACACCAGCAGGCCACGGAUCAGGAUAAGCUAUCGAAGACCUAUACAGAACUAAAGCUCUAUAAGGCGCCGUCGCACGGCAUGGAACUGGGCGGAAUGGCCGCCCUAUCCGGACACUCCGACGAGGGUUCCGAUGGAUCCGAUUCCGAGGAGAUUGAUCUCACCUCCGGCGCCUGUAUCGAUUUCUCCCAGAGCAGCAAGCUCCAGCAGCAGCAGCAGCAGCAACAACAACAGGGAACUCAGGGGGCGGCGGGAUCAGCGGAGGCGAAUGGAGGCCUGUAGACGAGGACUUUUAUCAAGAUACGGACAGAUAUAAAGAUGCGGACACGGAUACGAAUGCGGAUACAGAUACUGAAACUUUCACUUGUACAGUGCUCACUCCAAUAAAAGAUUCGAAUAACCACUUCAUAAGCAUAUCCUAAACAUCUGUAUGCGUAUCUAAAAGUGGUUUCCUUAGGUGAUGAAUUUCUAAAACGGACACAACACAUUUUGAAUAUCCUAAAUUUCAAAUUCGAGCGCAAUCUGUACACAUAAAUAUGGCGAUGUAUAUACAAAACGGACAUUUAAUGUACACUUUAUUUAAUCAAUUACAUCUGUUUAGCAAUAAAAAAAAGAUAUAUGAAACCCAGU